AUGAAAAACAUACCCGAUUCUAACAAAGCUAGUUCAAACUUAUAUAUUCCCACGGACGAGGAAGGCAAUCCUUUAUUACGGUCACCACCAAUGGGCACCGUCUUCAAAGACCUUCAAGAUUUAUACAAUUAUAUCGAUCCACUCACAGUAGAUCAUGGGUACAAGCUCUCAGUUCUUGAUUCCCGGUAUCUUCCCAUUGAUUCGUGGAUCGAGUUCAAAUGCUACAAAGGCUCAACUCGGCAUGCGCGUUCACCAGGAGACUGCCCAUUCUACGCUCGAGCUGAUCGAAAACUUCCAUCAGACUCUUGGACUUUCACGAUCAAGAAACCCCAACAUAAUCACCCUCGCUCAAACACAGAACUGCACUAUCAUCAGCCAAAAAAAACGAACAAGUCGAAAUCGCAAGAAUCAGCGCCUGCACCCGAUUCGGUUAUUAAACGACCUUCUAAACCUCCUUCUCUCUCUAAAAAAUAUGCUGAUCACAUCAGGCGCAUGAAGAACCUCGACCACGCCACACAGACCUCCCUCCUUGAACGCUUUGAACGUGAAAUUACGCUUGCCGAAUUAGCCAAAGGUGCGACGGCUCACUCAGAGCAAGAAGAAGAGGCAGAAGUUGAAGUAACAAAGGAUGGAGCCAAAGUUGAAGAGAAAAUGAAAUCAUCAACAAAAUCAAAGUAUGGAAUGGAAACUAAAGAGAGCGAUUCAAAUACCCCGAAGCAUGAGAUCAAACUCAAAGAACAAGAAAAAUCAACUUCCAAGCAUGCGAAUCCACCCAAUCAUCAGCCUCGACCUGACAAGAGAGCUGAGAAAAAUCCAUGUGAGACUCCUGAGCAAACAACCUCUGUCAAAGCUCAAGAAAAUCUUCGUAACUUAAAGAUCAAUCAAGACCAUCAGUCUUCCAAACCAACUGAGUCUUCCGAUUCCACUCAAGUCAAAUCAACUGAGUCAAAGCCUUGCGAGUCCGAAGUCACACUCUCUCCGAUGUUAGCACCAUCAUCAAAAAUCAGUAAUACGAUAACUAAUCCAACUUUGCCAUUCCCAAAGCUCACAAGUCCAGCACCGAUAAGAACUGAAAUGCCAACCCCCUCUCCGCCAAUAGGACUCGAUCUUCACAUCAAGGAUGGAUCAGACCGACCUCCUUUCUCAACUCCUCCGCCAUUCGAAUUUGAAGAAGAUAAAUUCGAGACUCCGAAUGAAAGCUUUCCAUCCAUUCCACAGAUGCACAAAACCACCCAAACCGAGUUGCGAAUUGAACAACCUCAAGAUGAAAAAUCCACACGGAUUCUCCAGAUUGCUCAGGUUCAGCCACCAAAACAAAAGAACAUUGAAGCUCAAUUAGAAACCAUUCAAGAAUCACAAAAGGAUCCAAACUCACCUGCCUCUGUUGUCAAAUCCCCAUCAAAAAAGCGCAAGACAAGACAAGCCCCUUUGGUCACUCUUACUCAAUCAUCUGCUCGGAUUACAAGUGGUAAGGCCAGCCAACUCAGCCUACAAUCCGAUUCCCAAGGCAUCAAACCCAAACAAUGUCCUUCUGCCGCCCUCAGAGAAGCCAGAUCGAAGAAACAGGAGGAACUGCUUUCUGAAAAUCCACUCACCAUAUCCAUCAGCGGCGCAAGCGAGGAUGAAGAGUCUUUCAACAAACAAGACCGUUUGUCUCCAUCAAUAUCAGUGACUCAAAAUUCAGAAAUUCAGCAACCCAUCAAAAAAAAACAAAAACUGAUUCUUAGAUUACCAAACCCCGACAAUACAUCCAUUGACAACACCAAUAUCUCAGUUCCAGUCCAUUCAUCUCCAUCCACAUCACUUACUCAACCUUUAGACAUGGAACAACAAACCGUCAAAAAAAAACGAAAAUUGAUUCUUAAUUUACCAAACGCCAACAAUUCAUCCAUUCACAACGCCAACCUAUUAGUUCCAAAAUUAGAGAAUGAAUUAAUGAAAAAGUCUAAAAAAAAUCCACAAAUCGUAUUACUUAGUUUUGAUGAAUUGUCAGAUUCUGAUGGAACUCUAUUGCCACAAUUUGAAUAUCAAAUACAGAGUAGGAAUUGUGCAUCAUUACCGUCAGGAUUGAAUAAAUAUAGAUGUUCAUCUUGUGUCAGUAGAAAAGGGGGAUUUAUUUGCGCAUUUAUUUAUAUUCGAUCAUGGAUCUAUGAGAAACAUACAGCUAAUUUAGUAGGAGGACCAAUCUUCGAGUCUAUUAAUCAAACAGCCCUUCAAACUUCUUAUCGUAAAGCUGAAUUUAUGAUAUUCAAUGAAUUAAGUUCACAUAUGAAUGAAUUAAUUAAUCUAAGGAGAACCGUCGGAAAAGCAUUGAAACCUGUCUUGCAAAGAGAGUUGAUCGAAUUUCAAAAAAGUCAAAGUGUCAUUUUUAUUGGUAGAAGGAUUGAUGUAUCAACUCAAUGUGAUUAUUGUGCGACGACGUUGAUUGGAGUAGCUUGGAUGUGUGAAAGGUGUGGGAAGGAAGCAUGUGUGAUGUGCUUCGACAUAUUUCAAACACUGUCUAAUGAACAUGGCAAAGAAAAGGACAAUCAAAACAGUGCAGCUGGACACAAUUUUCAUUCUUCUUGGAUCAAACGGACUGGUCGUUGUGUGAAAGCGUUUGGAUCUCAACAUGACACUUCUUCAUACUUCAAAGUAUCGCAUCUAGCUCGGGAAGAAAUCUUGAAAUACUUAGAAGAGAUCGAUGAGGUCUUUCGACAAGACUCAAUCAAUACCACACCUCCACCUUCACCUUUCCCUAUUGAUGACUUCCUUCAUCAUCCACCGGAUUCAGAAAGUGAUCCUUAUUAUAAAGUAGACGUUAACACACUUGAAUCUAAUCACAUGAUGUUUGAUCAGAUUUGGUCAUCCGGGGUUCCUCUAGUGGUGACUGGGGUUCAAGAUCGAAUGCAAUUACCUUGGGAUCCUGAAUAUCUGAGCACAACUUAUGGAGAGGAACAGUGUAGCAUGUUGGACUCCAACUCACCGCAUGGUGACACCAUCAAGACGAAUGUUGGAGACUUUUUUGAGAGAUUCAAAGGAUCAAAUUUCCGUGAUGCAAAAGCUUGGAAACUAAGGGAUUGGCCACCCGAGAUAGACAUGAAUCUGAAGUUCCGUGAAUUAUUUGAAGAUUUCCAAAAAGCAGUACCCAUGGGAGAGAGCACUAGGCGAGAUGGAUUGAAGAAUCUCACAGCGCAUUUUCCUAUGAAUGCAAACAUACCAGAUAUUGGACCAAAGAUGUACAUUGCUAUGCAAACUUCAGAUCAAAGUGGAUCAUCUGGAUCAACUGGUCUCCAUAUGGACAUGUCAGAUGCAGUCAAUAUCCAAACGUAUGCCAGAUGUAAUCAGGAAGGAAUCAAAGGUUGUUCUUUAUGGCAUCUAUAUCAUGCUAAUGAUGCGGAGAAAGUGCGUAAAUUUCUCUAUGAACAUCAUGCUCAACAAUUAGGGAUCUCCGUUGAAGAGGUUAAGAGUGGAUAUGAUGAUCCAAUUCAUGUGACAAGAACUUACAUUGACGUUGAGAAGAGAGAAAAACUGCGCAAAGAAUAUGGGGUGAAAGGCUAUGAGAUUAGACAGAAACCUGGAGAAGCAGUUUUCAUACCUGCGUACACAGCACAUCAAGUUUGUAAUCUAGCAAAUUGUAUCAAGGUAGCUGCCGACUUUGUUUCACCCAUAUCAAUUGAGAAAUGUAUGAAGCUUAAAGAAGAGUUUAGGGAACAAUUGCGUGAACAACCCAAACCUUGGAAAGGCGAUGUUUUGCAAAUGGAACAAAUGCUUCUUUAG